CAAAAUUCACGCGUGCUAAGCAGUGAUUAGUUUAUAAAUAUUUUCAAAAAUUUCAAAUUUCAAUGUAAAUAUUCAAUACUAAUUCAAAAAUGUCUUUGUUUGUUUUGGAUACUGCUGGUGAUACAAAUUUGCUAGAACGUGAAACGCAUGGAACAGCCACAGUUGAAACCAAUUCACAAUGGCGUACUUUGGAAGAAGGCGUCAGACAUGACCAAGAAGCAGUCAACGAAGAAGCAGAAGUGGAAAAUGAUGAAGAUGAGGAUUACUUUGGUUUGCCACCACCCAACAUUGACAUUUCGCAAAUCAUCAAAGAGGAACUAGCUAAAAUACAAACACCGAAAAGUGACAUUGAAGAAAAAUUAGAUAGACUUACUGAAAGAAUUGAUUCGGUUUUAUUGCAAAUGAAGGAAAAUCCUGUAAAAAUUCCCCAAGGGCGUUACAAUAAAAUGGAUUUCUCUGAUUACAAUCCAGCGACCGGAAAGUUUGAUGUGGAACUUAAAUUAAAAACCGAUGUAGAGAAGGAAAUGGCGAAAUCACAAUUAGUACCUGGUUUUGGUAGAUUAAAAGAGCUACCAUUCCUUACUAAAAAGAAACAACGGGAAAUUGGUAGGAUUGAGCGCUCUAAAACGAAGGGUCCUGGUUGGUACAAUCUACCAGCUACAGAACAGACAGAGGAAACCACCAAUGAGCUUAAAAUACUGCAAAUGCGCUCCGUACUUGAUCCUAAGCAUUUUUACAAGAAGAAUGAUCUGAAAGUCCUCCCAAAAUAUUUCCAAAUUGGCACAGUGCAACAUUCGCCCUUAGAUUACUACAGCGAGCGUGGAACACGUCACAAAAAACGUUCAUUGGUAGAUGACUUGCUAGAGGAUGAAACUGCGCAAAAUUAUACAAAACGGAAGUUCAAAGAGGUUGUUGCACGUCGUGAAAAAUAUGCACACCGCAGGGCGAUGCAAAAAAUGAAAAAGCAGAAGAAAAAUAAGUCUUAAAUAUUUUUUUCUUUUAAUUGUGUUAAUAAAUUAAAAU